GUGUAAGGGAUUUGAUAUAUUGAUAUCAGAUCUUUCGUUUUCAUCCGAUCUCCAUUGCCAGAAUUCUCUCGAGAAUAUUGCGCACCUCUUACAUUCGGAUUCUUUUGAAAACGCGCGCAGUAAUCUCUCCGUAUUGAAGGCGAUUUUCGUUUCAAAUAUAGAUAUCUCGCUCGACUGAUCUCGAUCCAGCUCGAAUUUAUUCUAGGGUUUAUGUGAGAUCCGCGGGUUGGCGGGGGCUUUGGAUGGUGUUGUUUGAUCCUUCGUGUAUGGAUCGUUGUCCUGGGAAUUGAAUUCGAGCGAAGAUUUAAACUGCAAGCUCUGAUUUCACGAAAAGAUUUCUGCGGUUUUCCGUAUUGUUUUGCCUCAAAUUGUGAUUAUGCACCUCCCCUGUUGAAGUUUUAUAGACGAAGUUAAUCUGAAUAUGGGUUUAUGGGGAACUACAUAGCUGGAAGUUUGAGGAUCAAUUUAUUUGUCCUUUGAAUCUUGUCAAUCAUGUCAGGGCUGGAAGAACUGGAGAUUUAUGAUGAAACUAGGGAGAGGAAAUCAGAAUAUGAAUACUCUGAAGAUGAGAGGCGGAGAUCAAGAAUAGGUUCUUUGAAGAAGAAGGCCAUAAGUGCUUCAAAUAAGUUCACCCAUUCUCUCAAAAAAAGAGGGAAAAGGAAAGUUGAUUUUCGAGUGCCUUCCAUUUCCAUUGAAGAUGUGCGUGACCCAAAAGAAGAGAGUGCUGUCUGUGAGCUACGCCAAAGACUUAUUGAUGUUGAUUUGCUCCCCGCUAGGCAUGAUGAUUACCACACUUUGCUUAGAUUUUUGAAAGCAAGAGAUUUCGACAUUGAUAAGACCAUUCCGAUGUGGGAAGAAAUGCUAAACUGGAGGAAGGAGUUUGGUGCAGACAACAUUUUGGAGGACUUUGAAUUUGAGGAGUUGGAAGAAGUUUUGCAGUACUAUCCCCAAGGAUUUCAUGGAGUCGAUAGAGAAGGCAGACCUAUUUACAUUGAAAGGCUUGGACAAGCUCAUCCAAGUAAAUUAAUGCGCAUUACUUCCAUUGAGAGAUACUUAAAAUAUCAUGUUCAGGAAUUUGAGAAGACUCUCAAUGAGAAGUUCCCUGCCUGUUCCAUUGCUUCCAAGAGAAGGAUCUGUUCAACAACAACAAUUCUUGAUGUACAAGGGCUGGGUGUUAAAAAUUUUACUGCGACUGCUGCAAGUUUGCUGUCAUCUAUGGCAAAGAUUGAUAAUAGCUACUAUCCUGAGACACUACAUCAAAUGUACAUUGUUAAUGCUGGACACGGCUUCAAGAAGGUGCUAUGGCCUGCUGCCCAAAAGUUUUUGGAUCCAAAAACUAUUUCUAAAAUCCAUGUAAUGAAUAUGUGCUCUCUUUACUGUGUGUUUGUACCCACCAUUGUCCUCUCUCUACCAUUUACUGGGUGCUUUUGUUUUCUUUGUUCGCAGGUUUUGGAGCCAAAAGCCUUGGGGAAGUUACUCGAAGUUGUUGAUCCAAGUCAAUUGCCCGACUUUUUGGGUGGAGCAUGCGUAUGUAAUGUCGAGGGGGGUUGCCUGAGGUCUAGUAAGGGUCCAUGGAAUGAUCCGGACAUAAUAAAGCUUGUGUGCAAUGCAGAAGCCACUUUUGUGAGUCAAAUCUCCAAAUUUCCCAGUUACCAGCAGAAAAUUGAUCCAUACAUUCAAAUGCGAUCGUUGAAGGGAAGAUGCAGUGGUACAUCUGCAGUUGGAUCAGGAUCUGAUGUUGAUUAUCCUUGCUCUCCUAACAGACAAAAUCACAGAGAAAGUUUGCGAACAACCUCAGCUAACGAAGCCAGAACAUCCGAUCCGUGUAUCUACUACAGCUGUGACGAGCAUUUUGGCCCAGGUGAUAGAGAUAGUGGGGAAAGGCUACGAAUGGACAACGAAUCUUUACAUGUCAAUGGUUUUGGAAAUUCAAGGGCCAAUGCAAGAUCUAGCAUCGAAGGGACGUCAGUCAUGUAUUUGUUGGAUGCUAUCCAAGAGAAAGUCGUGAAGAGAGGGUUGGCGUACAUGACAAGAACAUUAGCAUCGAUUACUACCAAGCUCUUCACAGCCAUCCAGACUACAUGUGUCGAAUAUUUGCGACGACCAGCCAUCGAUCAGUCUUCAAAUACGAUGGCGGAAAAUCAACAAGAAGCUGAUAAUAGCUCAUCCACAACUACAGCGCCUAUUAGAGAAGAUGACAGGAUCCUUCCUUGUGUACAACGUCUUCAGAGAUUGGAGAGUUUGUUAGACGAACUUGGCAGGAAACCCGCGGAAAUCCCACUCGAGAAGGAACAGCUUCUCAAUCAUUCUCUGGACCGGAUCAAAUCCGUUGAGUUCGACCUCGAGAAAACAAAAAGGGCAUUAAACUCCACGGUGUCGAAGCAGCAUGAGAUUGCUGAACUACUGGACAACAUUCAGGAAUCGAAAUUCCACCAACGAAAGAUUUGCUGUUGAUUUGCACCCUGUUAGAAUCAGCGCACAAUAAUAGUUCGUCUUAUUGAAGUUUUCUUCCUCUGCCAGGCUGUAGAAGCAAGUAAUAUGCCAGCCAGCCAGCCAGCCCGGGAAAUGUAAAUGAACAGUUGAGUUUUAGAGUAUAGGAAUACUUGUUGCCCGGCUUCCAUAUCAUAGCUUCCCCGUUAUUUAUCUUGUCACCGAGAUGAAAAGUUUCCGGUAGGAUUUGAUGUUUUCUGUCGGUCCCCGACUCUCUACCCUCUUGGAAAAUUAUCACAGGUAUGUUCGAAUCGUACAUACAUCGAUGGAUCGAUCAUUGCGUCGACGAACAUUGUUGUUGUAAAACUAUAUUGACGUGUAAUUUAUCAAUGUUAUAUGGUAUAUAGUUUUAUGAGUGAUUUAAAGAUCAA